AUGGGUCGAGAAAAACGAAAGACAAGACUGAACAAGGGAGAAAGCGGAGAAUUUCUGGGUUUUGCAGCCUUUGCUGCACCUGCAGCAGCUCCUUCUGCCACCAAGGGAGCGUCGCCAUCAGCUCCCUCAUUGACGAUAUCACCGAUAUAUACGGGAUCCGACAGUUAUCUAUCCUUGAUAUUUCCACGCAUUGGUCAAAAACGAGAUGCUACUACCAAAGCCAAAGCAGUGGGAGAUUUGAAGGCUUUCUUUGCCGACGAUUGCAAGCCAAAAAAGGCAAAAGUCGAAGCAUUGAGUCAUUUUUGCUAUCUAUUUCAUUCCAAACUACAUUACGAUAAUACGCCCCGAGUACGAGCUAGUUGCUUGGAGUGUUUCCUACCAGCUGCCGAAUCCGUCCCCAAAGCAUGGAAGACACUGACCGAAAUCCAACCAGAAAUCCUCGGCAUCAUUCUAUGCAGUAUGGCCGAUCCAGGAACUGAGGUGCGAAUGGCGGCAAAUGCCUUGGUAGAAAGUCUAGAGGCGUCAGAUCCAAACAACUUUACGGAGGGAACCUGGGAUUAUGUCGAACGGAUACUCUCCUAUGGAAGUUCUAAAGCCAUGUCCGAAGAGUUGUUCCAAAAAGGGAAAGAUUCUGCUUCGGCUGAUCAAAAGGAAGAAUUGGAGGAACGAUACGAAAGAAUCGUUGGGACUGCAAUUGGAGGAAUGCAACUCUACUUGCAAAAAUAUCAUUCCGAUACUGCUCCGACAACAAGAGCCAAUGUCAAGUUUUUAUGGAAGGCCAUGUCCAGCAACAAACCAUCCCUUCGACAGCGAACCUUUUCACUGCUUUCGACGAGUUUUCAAAAGGCGCCUUCUUUGGUGGACAAUGAUAAGAUUUCCAAAAUGCUCUUGCAGACGCUUUCGGCCGAGAAGGAAGCCUCGAAUAUCCCAUCCCUUUUGGAGACCUUAAUUUCCUUUGUUGCCUCAUAUCCACAAGAAGAACGAUCGAGUACCAUGUCCUUGUAUACCAAACCAUUGACGAAACUUUUCAAAAAAGGAUGUCUCGGAGCUAGCCGCUGGUCUCCCACCGUCUUGCCCAUUGUGGCACUACUUCCACAAGAGGAACAAGCCUCGCUGUUGACUUGUGUAUGGGAAGGCCGGGUGAAUGUGGCGGGUUUGGCCGAAGAGCUGGAAGUAGUGGGAGCCGUUGCCGAAACGGCCACCUUUUUGCUGUUAAAGGCAAGUCAUGUUUUUUCCGAGAUCAUUGCCAAGUGCUGGUUGUAUUCUCUUCAGACCUUUUUGACGACCGAAGGGAGCGGACCGGCCAGGCGAUCACUCGACAAGCUGUGCGAAAUUCUCGCGAGGGAUUGGAUGCAAUUGAAUCAGGCAUCUCAGAGCAAGGAAACUUCUGCCAUCUUUCAAUUGAAGGAUUGGUUCUGGAAUCAAGAAUUGGAAAAGGUUGUCCUCGAAGACAAUGUAAACAAUGGACAAAUGCUUUCGCUCAUUCAAUUGCUUGCAGUCAAGGAGGCGUCCGAAGCUAAUCAAUGGGCUCACAUUAUUCAAAAGAAAUUUCAUAAAGUGUUGGCUACUUGCCAGGGAAAUUCGGGCUUGGUUCCGGCAAUGGACGUUUACGAAUUAUGGAUUGCUAUUUUGGAGAAGCUUUCCGUGGACCAUGUUUUUGACAAGCCUAAAUUGGACAAAUUUGUCAUGAACGAUCUCUUGCGGUGGAUGGUCAUCCAUACCAGUUCGGUUUCGGAACAGGCCGAUGCCAACUUGACUAGGUGCGAUUUCACCUUGUAUCGACUAUGCCGGUCCAUGACCAAUGACGGUGUCUGGAACACACUCCUAAAGGAAUUAGUUGCGGCCAAGUGCGACUUGUCGUACUUGCAAGUUGGCUUGGAAACUGUGCUGCAGGCACAAGGAUCAGCCGAUCUUUUCCCGUGUUUGACUUUGGACGAGCUGUGCGUCCAAGUGGCCCAAGAAGCAGUCCAUCCUUUGGAGCUUGCUCUGGACUUUAGUGUGGCUAGUGACCUUUCGGCCGAGCACAACCAAAAGGUUUCGAAUUUCUUGAAGGUGUGCCUUGGGCUUGGCAAGUAUGACAACUUAUUGGAAAGGACGUCGAUCGAAUCGAUGGUGAAGUAUGCCUGUCCAGAGGAUUACUUGAUUUCCAUGGAGGAUAAUCCUGUUUUGGAGACUCUUGUUCAGAUGAUAAUUGCUGGCCGUCUUGGCGCUCAAGACGAGAAGUCUAUCCUGGUACAAAGCUGGCGACAAGGAGGAGACUUGUGGGAAAGCGAAGCGAUCCCCUUCGUCGCAGACAAGGAGUCACACUUGGUCUCCUUGAUCGAAUUGGCGUCCACCGAAACCAAGGCAAUGUUGAAUCAAGUAUCAUCUGAGCAUCUUUCUCAUGUCUGGUCUGAGAGAGCCAACCGUCUUCUAGGACUGUGCCGAAUCGAGAGCGAAGCGACACUACCAGCACCCGAUCUUUCACUUGUUGGGUUGUCAGACCAAUCGAAGUGGUCCAGCGAACCAAGUCCCUUCCUGUCCAUGUCUUUGAUGAAUCUCUUGUCGCAGAUGGAAUCCAAAGAGAACAAACGAUUGCUAUUCUCUAAUUUCCAAGGUUCCGUUUUGGAGCCGUUUUUGGACAUUUUGCUGAGCUUGUCGAGCGCCAACAGCGAUAUUCUCAAGGCAGAUUUUGCAAGACGGCGAACAGACACGUGUUCUGCACUGUUGCAAGCAAUUGAUACAGCUUCCAUAGAGAAUUCACAAUUGGAUGAAUGGUGCGACAAGCUUAUUUCUCUCCUGGCAUCUUUGUUUGACAAAGGGGACGAGCUGCGAUGUUGCCGGGGCGUUGCAGUGCUUUCGCAGUUGGUCGAAUUUCGAUUCCGUACGAUUCGCCCAGUGGAAUCCACCACAGACGACCAGUUGCAGAUUCAUCAAAUUGUAAAGGGUGACACUGUAUGGUACAUUGUGCAGUCUGAGGAUCCUUCUAUCAGGGAGAAAUGCACUAUCGUCAAGGUUCACAACGAUUUGCCGGGUGAAAGGUAUUUUACAAUUCGUUUGAAUCGCGACGGGGAAGACCAAGAGCGCCAAACGGUCGUGGACAGGCUCCGAAAAGCACCAUUUGCUGCAGGCGAGGCAAGUGCUGCUGCAGUGUAUGCUAAAGACAUUUCGAAGGAAGAGAGUAUGGAGCGUGGCAAACUACUAAAGCUCAUUCUUGAUCAACUAAUCGUUCCAAAUUGGGAGAAGUGGCCUACCGAAUGUUUCGAGUUGGUUAGUAUUGCGAUUUCACAGUGCGGACUACUCGGGGGACGAGGAAUCGGAACAGAUCAUCACAUGAUUCUUCAAAAAUUAAUGAAGAUUCAAAGUGACAAUCUUGUUACAUUAGAGGGGUUGUCAUCUGACAACGUUGACAAGGUUGCAUCUGCGAUGCAAAGCCUUUCAUAUUCCCUGGGAUACGGCAAGAAUGUUCCAAAAUUGCAGAGUCUGAAUCUCGUUGGAUUUAGUCCAGUUAGCUCCAUGAAAUCCAUCGUUGGCUACCUUGAUGAGAACGAGGCAGAGGUCGAAGAGGAAUUUGAUUCGGCUGCUGCAAUGUGGCUAAGCGUCUCAGCCCCAGAGGUUUCUGACAAAGAUCUGCGACAGCAAGUGUUUUGGCACCUCUAUCGUCUGUCGGCUCGACUAAUUCAGAGCGAGGGGAGCGAUGAAUUCAGUUCGCGUGAUUUCGUGGCGCUACGGGCCAUUGCAAUAGCACAGAAGGAAAACCACAAAUCAAGGGCAGGUGUUUCUCUGCUCGAUGAUUCUGAAGCAGAAGCAUUGUCCGCGCUCAUCAAGUCCUUCUUCUGUCAGUGGGAUUCCGAAAGCCAAAAUGGUUUGCCGCUUUGGAGUUCCAGCAAAAUUUUCGACAAUGUCUUCAGCGAUGGUCUCAGAAACCGAAGCUCUCUCAUGGGUCAUGCUUGCCGUCCGUGUGUCGACGACGUUGUACAUUCCUUAUCCAAAGAAAGCAAAAGGGUAUACGCUGCCAAGCUUUUGAAAGCAUUUGCAGAUAAAGGAGUGCCGCUUCAUGCUGAACCCACUGCCCCUAAUAGUACUACCGCGUCCAAGCUUGACCAAUGGUGCUCUGAUCUCAUUGAUGAAGAGAUCGAAGAGCUGGAAGAUGAUAUCGAUGCAGUUGCACAAUGGGUGCCAGCAAAAAUGAUGAACGAGGUCGAGAGCUGGUACGAACAGACAGAGGGGGGCAAUGUUGCCACGCCCGCAGACGGAGACUCGGCCGUGUAUGUUGUCGAUGAUGCCACUGCAUGUGCCCGAAUGCUCACUUGGAAUUCGUUAUGCGAGAUCACCAAGGUUGCUGCUGAAAAAAAUUCGGUGAAUCGGUCGUCGUUCGCUGCCUACAUUACCAAGUGCAAGGCCGUCGACUCCAUUUUGAAUCUUGCUUUGUCGUAUGGCAACGUCGGAACGGAUAGAAAAAUGAAAUUUGAGAAGGUUAAAGAUGCCAACACAAUCCUAGAGUCGGGAACCGAGAUCAAUCUUGCCCAAUUGUCAGCACUAACCAUUUUCAACACCAUUGAGGUCUUUCCCUCGGUUUCCAAGACUUGGUGGGAGAUGGGCUGCCCGAAAUUUGCUACACAAGCUAUUCGCGAGUUUGUGGAAACAAAUGUCUCACCAGAGAUACUUCGCAACGAACUCCAACAUAUGAAACAGACAUCAUCUUUUGGCAACAUGAACGUCAAGGGGAGCGCCAUCAGUCGGGAGGUAACGGCGUCGUACGUCCAGGACGAUUUCACCCUUUCUGUCGCUAUUGCAACGCCCAUUUCCUUUCCAUUCAGGAGUGCCGUGGUCGACUGCUCGAAAACUUAUGGUGUGCCAGAGAAGAGGUGGAAGCGAUGGGCACUACAAAUCACUCAGAUUCUGAACACUCAAGGUGGAACGCUGGGUGACGCCCUGAUGUUGUGGAAGGACAACGUGGACAAGGAAUUCGAAGGGGUCGAACCUUGUCCCGUUUGUUAUUCCGUUCUUCAUGUCAAGACGCACAAACAACCCACUGUGGAAUGCAAUACAUGCCACAAUCGCUUCCACAUCGAAUGUUUGUCCCAAUGGUUCCGGCAAAGUGGCAAGAGAAAUUGUGUCAUCUGCCAGCAGCCAUGGAGCGGGACUCGGGUGUCAUAG